GUCACCAUAACGUGACGACUGUGAGCCGAGAAGAACGUGUAAACUGAGUGGGAAUUAACUGAGCCAAACUUUACUGAUUUUGUUUCCCCUUUAUCAGACACCUUAGACGCAACACACAUCGGGCGAUAUAUUUGGAUUUUAAUGAAUUUUCCAUGUUUUGACAUAAAGUAAAAGAAGACAGCGAAAACGACAAAUGGAAACUCUGCGAGUGCUUGAGCUUUACAGUGGAAUAGGUGGGAUGCAUUAUGCUCUAAAACAGUCUGGAAUAUCUGCCCAAGUAGUGGCAGCCAUUGACAUAAACACAACUGCAAAUCAGGUCUACAGGCACAAUUUCCCGGGCACCCCACUCUGGAACAGAACCAUUGAGGGCAUAUCGCUUGAUGAGUUUAAAAACUUGCAGUUUGACAUGAUUUUGAUGAGUCCUCCUUGUCAACCUUUUACCAGGUUGGGAUGCCAACGUGGUAUUGCUGACCCUAGAACAAAGAGCUUUCUCUACAUUCUUAAUCUUCUGCCAAGGCUGAGUCAGCUUCCCCGCUUUAUCCUGCUCGAGAAUGUCAAAGGUUUUGAGAGCUCCUCAGUCAGGCAGUAUUUUGUCCAAAUUCUGAAGGAAUGUGGCUACAUUUUCCAGGAGGUGAUGGUUUCUCCCACAAGUGUUGGGAUCCCAAAUUCAAGACUGCGUUACUUCCUGAUGGCAAAGAUUUCAACAGAAUCGAUUUGUUCAAAGUCAAAGGAUUUACAAAUGUCACUGCUCCCUGCUGAAACUGAGUCCUCUGUGGAGCCUUCGCUUUCAAGUCCUCAAAAGCCAGUUACUAGUUCCCUGGAAAAAGAGGAAGAGAUGGAAGAUCGUGUCCUUUAUAAGCUUGAGACAACAAAUGAUGCUCAGAGAAAGUUGAAUCAAAAUAGGAAUUUGUCCAUCAGGCAGAUCCAAGACUUCCUUGAACCACAGGAGAAUGAUGACAUGGAUCAGUAUCUUGUUCCAUCUGAUGUAUUGCUGCGUUAUGCUUUAAUCCUGGAUAUUGUCAAACCCAUCUGCCGGAGAUCGAUCUGCUUCACUAAAGGCUAUGGACGGUAUGUGGAAGGAACUGGCUCAGUAUUGCAAUGCUACCUGGAGACAGAGAUCGAGAGUGUGUUUAAAAAUCUGGACCAAUUCUCUGAAGAAGAAAAACUUCAACAACUGCAGGGACUGAAGCUUCGUUAUUUUACCCCAAGAGAAGUCGCCAACAUAAUGGGCUUCCCAAAAAGCUUUUCUUUUCCAGAUCAAAUCCCCACCAGGCAGCGUUACAAACUUCUAGGAAACAGCCUCAAUGUUGUGGUGGUGACAAGACUGCUACACCAGCUGCUCUCCAAGUGGUGAGCAAUGGAGGCAAAUAAAGUUGCCAUUCCAGGGUUUCUCCUUCGACACGAUCCUGUAGGGAAUGCCGUUCUUGGAGAAAUGUCUCCUCUGCGCCUCCCGACUACAGUUAGCGGGCGAGCAGGAAUGUAUAUACCUUCGUUCUCAAAUCGGGAUGCCCAAGGAAACGGAAUGCCCACCUGUUUGUCUAUGUUGAGGGGCACUAAGUUUGUCACCCGCUGACGAGUCCGGGGCAAGGGAGGGGUGUCCAAUGGAAUACGGUACAAAAACAAAAAUAAACGUUUACUUUUAACAUCAAUAUGUAGUGAUCCCUCGUUUUUCACGGGAGAUGCUUUCCAGAACUACACAUGAAAAACGAAAGUCCGCAAAGUACAAACAUGUAUUAUAUAGAAAGUUAAAGACUACUGUAUUGUACGGAAGAGGAACGUGGUGUGAUGUUUCUUGUUGGCCGCUAGACGGCAUGGAUGUAUUGCAAGUCAAUUAGAAGAGUGUUUUUUCCUUGCCAAGCAAUGCAAUGUGUCCACCUUCAGAAUUACCAAUCUAUACUAACCCGGGGGACAUCAUGCACAGCGAAACCAAAGUGCACCACGAUUACGCAUGAAUCUCCUGUUGCAUUGUGGUCCAGUACACAAUAUUAAAGAUUUCUAAACCCUCCCAAAUACUUUUACGUGACAUAAACCUUUCUCAUUCCAUUAAUAACCAUUCCCACACUCUCCUGUGCAUGUACUUUACAGUAAAUAAAAGAACAGAUGCGCAAUAUU